AUGUCAGACUCAUCUAGUUCGGAAGGUGAAGAGGUUGAGGAGGCGCUACAAAGAUCGGUCAAGCAUUCAAAGACUGAAGAGCACCAUGAUGGUGGUUCUUCUGACGCAAACGAGGAUGACCAACGCAAUGAGCAGGAACCAAAGACGUUCAAAGAAUUGGUUUGUGCCGUUUAUUGGAAUUUUGGAUCGUAUCACUACUUCACUAUCAGCAUCAUUGUUAUAUCGGCUGCCAAAAUUGGAUUACAAGGUGUCUGUGACUCACUUUGUGAGGCAUGCGAACGACUGGAUUGGAAAACUCCGACAAAAAUUCAAAUAGCGGCUCUUCCACACGCACUCUCUGGAAGGGAUGUCAUCGGCUUAGCUGAAACAGGAUCUGGUAAAACAGCUGCGUUCGCAUUGCCAAUCCUGCAGUCAUUGCUCGAAACACCACAGAAACUUUUCGGCUUGAUACUUACGCCUACCAGAGAACUUGCGUUUCAAAUAGCGCAGCAGUUUGAAGCUCUUGGUGCCGGCAUCGGCUUGAUAGUCGGUAAGUACACCAACAUUGCGUGA